CAGAUUCUGUUUUGUGAUCCAGAUUCCAAAAGUUUUUAGUGGCCUUGAGAUUUUUCAGUUUUUAUUUGAGUCGAUUCCCCAGGGAAACCACGCACGGGGGUUUGUUACGUGAAAAAGGGCGAUGAAAAGUUAAGUGAUUUCGGCUCCGCAUCGAAAUUAGGAGGAAUGUUUCUCCGACGCUUUUGUUGUUUGCGAAGUUUCCUCCCGGUAACGGGACCUAGAGUGCUGGCACGCUGCAGUUUCGAACCGCACCAGAAAUAUAGCCGGUCAAUUUCCACGGUAAUAACACGAUUUCCAACUUUGAGCCAGCAGAAUGCUUCCAACAAUCAACAGAGCGGCAGCAAAAAUGGGGACACUUUUCCUAGCAGCAUUGACGAUCGGAUUCUAAGGUAUCUGGAAAGUCUACGCACCGAGUACUAUGCGCUUAAGGUAGCCGACAAGGUAGAGGACAAGGACUGCCGACGUAUGAUGGCAAUGUCCCAAGUUGUCGAAAUGUACGAGCAACGUAAAAUCAUCGUGGACAAUCUGAGCUCGCUGAACGAGAUGAGCUCGGAGAAAGACGACGAUAUGCUGCAAUUGAUGCGUGAAGAAAAGGAGGCCUAUUCCGGCAUACUGGCCCGUUUGGACUCAGAAAUUAUGCACUGCAUCAUGGAAAUGGACGAGGAACAGGAUUACAGUUCGCUGGUCUUGGAAGUGGCGGCCGGCGUUGGUGGUCAGGAAGCAAUGUUGUUUGCCCGGGAGCUCCUGGACAUGUACGCUUGUUUUGCCGAUUAUAAAGAGUGGGAAAUCGAGGUGUACCAAACCGAAGACACCGAGCUGGGCGGCAUCAGGCACGCCUUUAUGAUCAUCAACGGGCGAGAUGCGUACAAAUUCCUCAAGUUCGAAGCCGGAGUACACCGGGUGCAGCGUGUUCCUUCGACGGAAAAAUCGGGCCGGAUUCACACGAGUACGGCCACCGUUUCAGUUAUUCCCAGGCUGGACGAUGCUUCGAUUGAGCUGAAUGAAAAAGAUUUGAAAAUUGAAACCAAACGAGCGAGCGGGGCUGGCGGACAGCAUGUUAACACCACGGACAGUGCCGUUAGAAUUGUCCAUUUACCCACUGGUAUUUCGGUAGAAUGUCAAACUGAACGUUCACAAAUCAAAAACAAGGAAAUUGCCAAGCAAAAGUUGAUAGCUAAAUUGACACAAAUUCAGAUGGACAGUAGGAUGAAUACAACUCAGUCAAUGAAAAAAUCUCAAGUAGGCACGAGCUUGAGGAACGAAAAAAUUCGUACGUACAACUACAACCAGGAUCGGAUAACCGAUCAUAGAAUCGAAGGCGGUACAACACAUAAUUUAAAAGGAUUCCUGCAAGGUAAUGAUCAAUUGGAGGGUAUGAUUCGAAACGUUCAAUACCAGCAUCGUAAAAAGCAAUUGAUGGAAAUUAUUAAUCGAAAUGUCGAAACCUGUAAAUGAAGCGAUUCGAUGUCACAAUGAUUCAAAUAUAUUUGACGUUACUUCAA